AUGCUGGUGAUGGAGGAGAUCGUGCCGGAAGGAGGGGUGCGGGGGGAGGUCGUAGCCCACCCGGCGCUGGGCCAGGCAGCACGGCCGCCGCCCUCGUGUCGUCGACGCCUCUUCGCGGCGACGUGCCCAGACUCCGACAGCCGACUGUUGCGGGAUGAGCUGCAGGCCAUCUACGAGCGCCAGCGGCUGCGCUGGAACUUUGACUUUGAGCGGGAGGAGCCGCUGCCGGGCCGCUAUCAGUGGGAGUACGUGGGCGGCGACCGGCAGCGGGCAUUCCCGACAGGACGGAAGGCCGGCAGAGGACCUCUCCAGCCGCUGACCUCGCCUCGUCGGCUGCUUCUCCGUCCGCCGUGGCCGAUCUGA